UUUCCUCCAUCUCAAAAAGAAAUCUAUAUAGUAUAUUGCAUACAUUAUCCAUUCAAUUUACGAGCCAAUGAACUUAAUAUGUGAACCGACCACCGCAACUCGACCAACUCACCCUUCUUCACUCUUCCCACAAAUUGCAAGAUGCAAAUCCAUCAAACAACUGAAACAAAUUCACGCCCACUUCAUCAAAACUGGCCUUAUCGGCGAUCCUCUAGCUGCAGCCGAAAUUCUGAAAUUUCUGUCCGUCUCCGACCGCCGGGACCUCAAAUACGCCCGUAAGUUUUUUACCCAAAUGAAUAAUCCCAAUUGCUUUUCUUGGAACACAAUCAUCAGAGCUUUUGCCGAAACUGAUGAUGAUGAUUACAAGAACCCAUUAGAGGCAUUGGGUUUUUUUGGUCAGAUGUGCAGUGAAGGUCUUGUAGAACCCAAUAGAUUCACUUUCCCUUCUGUUUUAAAAGCAUGUGCUAAAAUGGGAAGGAUUCAAGAAGGAAAAGAGAUUCAUGGGUUUGUUGUUAAAUUAGGAUUGGAUAAUGAUGAAUUUGUUGCUAGCAAUCUUGUUAGAAUGUACGCCAUGUGUGGAGUUAUGGAGGAUGCUUAUUUAUUGUUCAGUAAUUAUGUUUCUCAUUUUGAUAAUAAUUCCACUAAAUUAGUGAGAAAUAAGAGAAUGCAAGAGGGUGUUGUUGUCUUAUGGAAUGUGAUGAUCGAUGGAUUUGUAAGGCUUGGCGACAUUGGAGCUUCCAGGAAGUUGUUCAAUAAAAUGCCUCAAAGAAGUGUUGUGUCAUGGAAUGUAAUGAUUUCGGGGUAUGCACAAAAUGGGUUUUUUAAGGAGGCAAUGGAUGUCUUUCAUGAUAUGCAAAUGGGAGAUGUGUCCCCAAAUUAUAUCACUUUGGUUAGUGUUCUUCCUGCUAUUUCGCGCUUGGGUGCACUAGAAUUAGGUAAAUGGGUGCAUUUGUAUGCAGAGAAGAAUGAAAUUGAGAUUGAUGAUGUGCUUGGUUCUGCUGUAAUUGAUAUGUAUGCAAAGUGUGGGAGCGUUGAGAAGGCAAUUCAAGUAUUUGAAAAGAUAGAAAAUAAAAAGAAUGCUAUUACUUGGAGUGCUAUAAUUGGUGGGCUUGCCAUGCACGGUCGAGCAAAUGAUGCUCUUGAUUAUUACAGAAAGAUGCAACAAGCAGGUGUAACUCCUACUGAUGUUGUGUAUAUCGGUUUAUUGAGUGCUUGUAGCCAUGCUGGUUUAAUUGAAGAGGGUCGUUCAUUAUUCAAUCAUAUGGUUAAGGUUGUUGGUAUAGAACCUAGGGUCGAACAUUAUGGAUGCAUGGUUGAUCUUCUAGGUCGUGCUGGGCUUUUGGAAGAAGCUGAACAACUUGUCCUAAACAUGCCUAUUCGACCGGAUGAUGUAAUAUGGAAAGCAUUACUUGGUGCUUGUAAAAUGCAUGGAAACGUAAAGAUGGGUGAACGUGUUGCAAGGACUUUGAUGAAGUUGUUUCCACAUGACAGUGGAUCUUAUGUAGCUCUCUCCAAUAUAUUUGCCUCUAGGGGAAAUUGGGUUGGAGUUGUAGAAGUAAGGCUAAAAAUGAAGGAAAUGGAUGUAAGGAAAGAUCCCGGUUGUAGUUGGAUUGAGAUUGAUGGGGUGAUUCAUGAAUUCCUAGUAGAAGAUGAAUCCCAUCCUAGAGCAAAAGAAAUCCGUUCAAUGUUGGAGGAAAUUUCGAACCGAAUAAGAUCUGCAGGUUACAGGCCGAAUAUUACACAAGUCUUGCUCAAUAUGGAUGAAGAAAAAAAAGAAAGUGCAUUACACUAUCAUAGUGAGAGGAUUGCUAUUGCCUUUGGUUUAAUCAGUACAAGACCCCAAACACCACUCCGGAUUGUUAAGAACCUUCGUGUUUGUGAAGAUUGUCACUCUUCGAUUAAGCUAAUUUCAGAGAUAUAUAAGCGUAAGAUUAUUGUUAGGGACCGGAAGCGUUUCCACCAUUUUGAGAAAGGAGUAUGUUCUUGUAUGGACUAUUGGUAGCUUCUUGUCUUGCCUCUUUUCAUUGGCAGGGUUUAUAGAUUUACCACAAGUUUGUUUGUAGAUUUACCACAAUAUUUUCCUGGUAGUGUACUUGGUCCAGAUGCUAUUGCCUCCAGAAUUGCCAACUUGCCCAAUUAAGGCCAGCUUCUCAGCUUCCAGCCCGGCCCUUUAUAGAGCUAGCCUAGCUUAUUCACCCAAAUUAUUGCCAUAAUCCAAAAUUUGAAAUGGCCAAGGCCCAAUUGUCUGUUUUUGGCAAUAAUUUUUUAAAGCAGGUUUUAGCAUUUAUUUUAAAUUAAUUUCGAGA